UAUCACAAAUCCCUUUCAUUUUCGAUAUUCAGAAAAAGAAUAUAGAUCGAGAGAGAGGCUUAUCCACAUUGGAGGAAUGGCUCUUCUCUUCACUUCUCCCCUCUCCUCCGUGUGUCUCACUUCACCCUCAACUUCCAGAAUUUCUGCUAACGCUUGCAUCAGGUUGACCCACAAUGCCAUUGCUAUGCAUCAAAGAUCCUUUGUGGGAGGCUGGAUUCAAGCACCCUUUUUUCUCAACAACAGGGGUGCAUUGAUGGUUAAGGCCGCCUCUGAUGUCGAUGGAACAGAAUCCACUGCCUCAGAGUCUCCCGUCCCUGCUUCAGGCGGGAAAGAGAAAAGCACUCCCGUUGAGAACCUCCCUUUGCAGUCAAAGGUUCAGGAAGCGGAGCAGCAGAGGAUCAAGAUGAAGCUGGCCAAGAAAAUCAGGCUGAGGAGGAAGCGCCUUGUGAGGAAGCGACACCUGAGGAAGAAGGGACGAUGGCCGCCUUCAAAGAUGAAGAAGAACAAGAAUGUUUGAACAUCAUUUCCCUUACUUUUUGUUAACAAAAUGCACAUUAUGAUUAUUUCAUCAACUGCCAGUUUAGUUUUGGAUGGACUAUUAUAUUUUGAAUCCAAGUUUUUCCCUCUCCUUUCGCAUGGAAAA